AUGAGCGGUGCAGCUCUCUCCCCGAGGGAAAUCCGGAUCCUCGUCGCCACCGAACGCAUUGGAGGCGGCCUUUCCAUGGCCGCCAUCGUUAUUCUGGUAGCCUCUUAUGUGUUUUUCAAAAGCCUUCGCACUACGCCGAAUCUCUUCCUCGUCUUGGCAGCCCUCGCGAACCUUGGAGCGAGCGUGGCGUCUGUUAUGGGAUAUGACGGUCUUAAUUUGGGGAGACAUUCGACUCUGUGCCAGGCUCAAGCUUUCAUCUUCCAGUGGUUCAUGCAAGCCGAUCCGUGGUGGUCAUUUGCCAUGGCAGUCAAUGUCUACUUGGUCUUUUUCUACAACGUAAACCCUUCAAGCUUUCGCAAGCACGCAUGGAUUUACUGCUUGGUAUGUUACGGUGGUCCGAUGGUGACCGCAAUUGCUCUGUUUGCGGUUCGGAAUGAUCCAAGAGGUUUGAUCUAUGGCGACGCAGUGCUCUGGUGCUGGAUUGACUCAAGCUGGAGUCUUGUGCGCAUAUAUUCUUUUUACAUACCAGUCUGGAUAUGUAUUUUUCUAUCCAUUCUCAUUUACAUUGCUGUUGGCUACCGCGUCUUUCAUCAUCGCAAUCAGCUGAGGAGCUUUGCCCACAAUGGGCUCGGAAAAGACCAGCUGGAUGGAAGUAACACAAGCAACACAAGCAAUGCGGAUAGAGAUUCUGGAGAGGAAGCCCUCACCCCAAAACUUGACUUCUACGGGACGGUCGUUACCGAAGUUCAUGUAACCUCGCACCAUCCGACAAACGCAUACAAGAGCUCGACUGCCAUGUUCCCGCAAGUUCAUAUCCCCACUGGGCUUGGCCGUAGCCGUUCGUGUGUCGGGGCCCAUGGAGUAGACGAUAUCCAAAGUCCCACAGCUUCAACCACUCAACAGUUUGAGACAAUCUGCUCGUCUGAACGCGCACCAGUUGAGAAGAGGUCAAGCACAAUGGUGAGAGUACUUCGAGAGGCCAAAGAGAGCGCUUCUCUAAAACUGAAACGACUUGACCCUGUGAAGGUGUCUUAUCUUAGAACAAGUUUCAUUUUCGCCUUUGCGGUGCUCAUCACAUGGAUUCCCAGCUCCAUUAAUCGCCUGUACAGCUUGACCCAUGACAACCAGGUUAGUUUUGGGCUCAGCCUGGCAAGUGGUUGCGUAUUGCCCCUACAAGGUGUCUGGAAUGCCAUCAUCUACUUCUCGACCAGCUAG